AUGCAACCACCCUACGAUUAUCCCGCCUUUGUGAUGCAACGUGAGCCUAACCUCCCAUUCCAUACGCCACUCAGCUCUCGUGCCCACUCCUCAAUCGGUGAAAUUUCUCAUGAUGUUGGCUAUAAAGACGGUCUUCUUCCACACUUUUACAACUCAACUUCAACUCAUUGUCUCAUUGUUUCAUCCAACCAACCAUCCAACUAUCUAUCCAAACAUCCAUUCUCAUUUUUAUUGCUCAUCAUGGAAUGUGAAGACGAAGCCAUCAACACGCAAGAACCAGCCUCCGCUGCUGCUGCUGCCGCUGCUGCUGCCGACCCCAACUCUGCGAUAUCAGCUCUUAUUGCUGAUAGCCUGAAACAGCAGGCAGCACAGUUUGAAACGAUCAUCUCCGGCCUCCGAGAUCAAUUCAAAGAGCUCGGUGGUUCAUCUUCACGCAGAAAGUCGACCCCUAACGACUCUACCAAAAACACUCCUGAUACCUCGUCCAAACAAGACCGAUUGAAACAACCUUUACCAUCAAGCGCUUAUUCAACACCGACCUCGUCUGCUAAAAAAGGACCUCGCAAAUCUAAGACCCCGGUUCCAAAGCCAGCAAAACCAGUUACUCCGCCUGUACGCCGACGCCAUCCACUUCAGUUGUUAUCGACUGAUUUCCCAAACGACUUCAAAACCACCAAGGACGCCCUGUUCCUCCAUAUCAAGAUUAUGUGGGGGUUGUUCAAGGCGAACGAUGUUCCUGCUCCCAUUGACCCGAGCCUGCUAAAGGCCUUUUACGCUCGGUUCUCAAAAACAGAACAGAUUGAAGCAGCGCUGCUUGAUCCUGCAAGUGCCGACGUUGUCGCUCAAAACAAUAUACUUACCCUGAAAUCGUUACGCGGCGGUGAUGGUAAGAUUGGUCGUGGAAUGGCCAAUUUGGAUGAGAUGUACAUCCUCUACAUCCACGGUAUCUUAGCCAAAGUCGGCAUCCGUGUUUGGGGUCCUGAUCUGAACGAGGCUGCCGACUCGCUGUACAACUCGGCCUGUCGACUCACCGCCCUCAACACGUUCCGUCAGCUGAUGGCCACCGGGGCUUACAACUAUAUGAACGUCAAUCCAGAUCAUGUAAAUUCAAUGUCUCGCUUCAUCUCAGCUUACAAUCACUACGUGCAUUACUGGAUGGCCAGCAAGUUUAAAUCUGAGCUCAAACCACCCGGUCGCGCCGAAAGCGAAAGUGCCAGGAAGCUUGUACAAAAGCAUCGUGAACGACUUAAACAGGCCCGCGUCCGUUUCCUCGAUGUUAACCGUGCCAAAUACCCUCCUCGUUAUAAAGCGCUUUGUGAAAAUGUACUUGCUCAUAGCGAUGAUGAACAAGAGCCGGGCAAAAACUACCUUACCAUCAAGACGUUGGCCUACCGAUCAAAAAACGCCUCCAAGUUCUUUAGACGAUUAGACAUCGAAAUGCAAAAAGCGGUGCAAGUUUCUGGAAAGGCGGUUCCACACCUCGAGCGUCGAUUGCCAAAAGUGCCAGUCCCAUCCGCUUUUUCCCGCGCUCCUAGAGACUUACCAAUUGACUUUUACAAAGCAAGCUGGUUUAACAAUCUUUCCUCGGGCCAAAAACGACUCAUUCCCAAUGCCAAUCAGGUUGCCUUCUUACCCGACGCGGCCCAAUCAUUGUUUCCUUCUCCUCAAACACAUCCCGAUGAAAGGUUAUCUGACAAAGCCUUCAAUGGCAAAUACCUUGACGUAUACUUACCAGCCUAUGAAUUAUGUGAAGAAGACAAAGAUGCCGAAGAUAGCGAUGAAGGAUCAGUUGCUCAUUCAGUGGAUGAUCAUGAAAAUGUAAAGAUGAACGAACCCGAUGAAUCUGACUCGGAUUGCUAUGAUGAAGGCGAUUUCGGUGAUCUUUACGACGAUACUGAUGAUGAGGCCGAACAAGGUAAAGGGAAAGGCAAAGGCAAAGCCAAUGCACCUAUUGAUCUUGAGGAUGAUUGA